AUGGCUUCCAGAUGUUUCCCCUCAACUGUGGCUUCAUUUGCUUUCUGCUGUGCCUUAUUGGCACUGAGCUCCCAGGGAGCUCAGGCCUACCCAACUCCUGAUUCUCAUCCUUACCACUUCCAUCCCCCUCGCCUCCCAUCCCCAGCUUUCGAAUUCGACUUCUACAUGCACAGCAACCUCUACACACCUACUGGUCGCAACUCUUUCGCUGUCACUCUUCCCGUGGCCAAAGUAGGCACUGCAACGUUGAGUGAUCAGAGUUGGUUCUUAGAGAUCAAUGAGACUUUCUUUGGAGCCAUCGUGGUGUUCGAGGACUCCAUCACAGUGGCCCCUGAUGCCAAAUCCACCGAGGUAGGAACAGGCAGAGGAAUCUAUGUCCACGACAAGAAUGCAGGUGCUGCAAACGGUGUCGAGUGGCUCUUCACUGCCAUCUUCAACGACGAGAGUGGUUUGGGCAACAGCACACUUUGCUUCAGGGGUUUUGAUUUGGGUUCCAAUGCGGCCAAAGGCCUGACGGAGCUGACGAUCUGUGGGGGAACAGGCAAGUUCAGACUUGCUCGAGGCUAUGCAAGUGUUCUCGUCACCGUGCCUGCUGAUGCGCCUGCAAAUUCUGCCAGCUGUAUUAUGAAGUUCGGCGUCCAUUUGUACUACUGA